AUGGUCCUGCACAACCCCAAUAACUGGCAUUGGGUCAACAAAGAUGUCUCUGCCUGGGCCAGAGAGUGGUUCGAGGAGAACCUGUUAAAGCUAGAGGCCGAGCAGGGAGAUGUCAAGGCCAAAAUCAGCAAGGUGCAGUCCAUGGAUGGUGACGUUGAUGUCAGCCAACGCAAGGGCAAGGUCAUCACCAUCUUCGAUGUGAAGCUUGUUCUUGAAUACUCCGGCUCUGCUCCCGACGCCGAUGAUGUUUCUGGUACCAUUACCGUCCCCGAGGUAGCCCACGAUACCGAGGAAGAUGAGUAUGUUUUCGAUAUCGACAUCUUCGCCGAAUCGAAGGAGAAGCAACCCAUCAAGGACCUAGUGCGUACAAAGCUAGUUCCCGCGCUUCGUAAGGAGUUUCAGAAGCUUGCUCCCGCUCUCAUCGACGAGCAUGGUAGAGAUAUUCAACAUGCCGCUGGUUCCAAUCCCUCUAGCGGCUUCUCCACACCGAAAUUGUAUAACCAGCCGGGCAGCGAGACCAAGCAGGCUCCUGCUACUGCCACGAAGACGAUUGCUGGAGGUGUCGUGAAUACCACGACCGUCACCGACAACGAAGAAUUCCGUACGACGGCGGAGGAGCUGUACCAGACCUUUAUCGAUCCUCAGCGUAUUGCUGCUUUCACUCGUUCACCACCCAAGGUUUUCGAGGGCGCCAAGGUGGGUGGCAAGUUUGAGCUCUUUGGCGGAAACGUCUCUGGCGAAUACGUCGAGCUUGAGAAGAACAAGAAAGUCGUCCAAAAAUGGAGACUGGCUCAGUGGCCUGCCACCCACUUCUCCACGCUCAAGAUUGAAUUCGACCAAAAUGAUGUUGACCACGUCACCGUCAUGCGCGUCACCUGGGAUGGUGUCCCUGUUGGCCAAGAAGAGGUUACCAAGCGAAACUGGCUUGAGUACUAUGUGAAGAGUAUCAAGACUACUUUUGGCUUUGGUACCAUCUUGUAA